AUGCCCGACUCAGAACCCGAGGCCGGCCCAGACAGGGCACCACCCAAUCUCCCCAUAGGAUGGAUCGCCCAGUGGGAUGGAAAUUCUCGAAAGUAUUACUUUGUACAGAUCAGUACGGGAGUGUCGACAUGGGAAGUGCCUACCGAAGCGGCGCCCACGGUGCCCUCUCCAGGAAAUACCCCAGCACAACACCAGAACCCUUUCCCGGCCCCGCACGAUGCCCAGGGACAAGCAACCCGUGGUGUAGAUGGCCAAGAAGGCGAACGCGGACUUGGAGGCAUGGCUAUGAACAUGCUACUCAACUCGAACAAACCACAGCAACAGCAGCAUCAAUCUGGACUCGGCGGUCUAGCUGCACAAUUCCUCGGCGGCAACUCGCACUCGGGUCAAACUCAGAAUCAGAGUCACAACAGCGGCGGCGCUGCAGGACUGGUCGGUAAACUCGCUGGAAACUUCCUAGGAGGAGGAGGAAACAAGCCCCAAGGCCAACAAUCAAACAGCAGUAGUGGCCACAACAGUGCUCUGGGUGGUCUCGGAGGCCUUUUGGGUGGUCAGCAGUCAAAUGGAAGCCACAAUAAUGCUGGUGGACACAGCCAAGGUGGUGCCAUGGGUGCUCUCGGUGGCUUGCUAGGCGGCCACGGCUCCUCGCAGAACCAUCAGCAAGGCUACGGUUAUUCGUCUGGAGGAUCAUCGCAAGCAGGCACAUAUUCCGGACAAGCUCCCCCUCCAUCGUACAACCCUUCGGCUUCUCAUCACUCUUCUCCUGCUCCGUAUGGCCAGUCUACAGGCUCGUACGGUGGUCCGAGUGGACAGACGACUGGCACGUACGGCACUCCUGCUCACAGCGCCGCAGGACAACAGCAACAUGGGCAAUAUCAGUCGUCACACAGCAGCGGGCCCUCACCAAGUCAAUACGGCGGCCAGCCCUCGCAUGCUUCCUCAGGCUACCAAUAUGAUCAGUACAGUCAACACCAGCACAACCAGUACGGCGGCGCACCCAAUCACAGCCAGCCUCAACAAAACUCGCAGUAUACUGCGUAUCAGCCUGGCCAGGGAAGCGCUUAUGGACAGCAACCCGGCGGUCAAUCGACACACGGUGGGCCACCACAGGGAGGUGCACCUCAUGGUGGAGCGCAAUAUGGGCAAUCGUCUUAUGGCGGACCAGGCCAGGAACAGCUCACUCAGCACCAGUACAAUCAGUACGGCGGAGCACAUGAACAGCUGAGCCAGCACCAGGCAUCGCAUGGAGGGUACGGAGGACAGGGUAGCAACUAUGGAGGACCACCGCCUCCAGCAUGGCGAUAG